UGUGUGUGUGUGUGUGUGUGUGAAAAAAAAUAUCAGACUACCAUUCUAACAUAAACACUUAUGAUUUUAUCAAUUUAUCAGUAACUGUGCAGUAACAUGACAAAAAAUAUCAUUAUAAGACACAUGCCUCUUAAGUCUGCAAACUUUGAUAUUUAGGUGAUUUUGCAUGAAUCCUUUUUUUUUCUUAAAGUUCCAGAUAUUUUAUUUGGGGGGAUUUAAUUAAUUAUAAUUUUUUUAAGCAACAAUGUAACAGGAGUGCAUGUGUUGUCUUACCUAAUCAUAUUUCUACAUGAUCAAGUCAAGCCUGUAAUGUUACUUCUUUUAAAAUUAGUUCCCCCAACAGGAGCGAGGUCUUUGCUCCCGCUUGGGGGGAGAGGUUCUAAUUUUGUUACUGCACAUCUCUACAGUCCACCACUCCACCUGGAACCCGGAGAAUAUAAAGAUGAUUUGGCCAGGAGCACCUUUUGGAGUACAUCACACACAAAAAUUGCAAAUUCAGUUUUGAAGACAUCUCUUAGAAGAAAACGGCAACCCGACGUUCGUGCGAGGUCAUCGGAAGAGUUGGCAGCCUUUGCUCCCGAUAUUGGUAGACCUGAGCACAUAUAAACAAAUCCACGUGCUACCUUUAGUUCGCCCACAGCUUCGCCGCUAUCAUGAGUGUGCCUGCCUCUUCUGUUCUCCUCCUUUCUCCACGAGAAAAAACUGUCGCACUCACAAAUGCUCAACGCCAGAGACUGUCUGAGGUGAUAACUUCAAAGAAAAUCCUGUUGGAUCAUUCUACAGACUUCAACGGGAUAAGAAAAAAAAACAGAAAGCUUGGGAGGAAGUAGCUGCUGAAUUCAACCUCAGCUACCCUGCUGAACGUCCCAGGACAGUAACCCAGCUCAAACGGGCUUGGGAGUACAUAAGGAGACGAGUGAAGAUGAAUCACAAGAAAUUUCUUCAUGAGUCCUUCAAGACUGGUGGAGGGCCACCACCAAAACCAGUCACAGAUGACUUCUUGGCUGUUGCAACAGAUGCACUGUCUGAGGAGCUACAAUUUGCAGACAACCAGCUAGAUAGCUUAGUACCCAUAGUCAUAAGAGAAGAGGAAGUGGAAAUAAUUGACGACGACAUGCUUUUUGCAUGUACAAUAGCAGCAGGACCAUCGACAACACCAGCAGCAGGACCAGCAACAGCACCAGCAGCAGGACCAGCAACAGCACCAGCAGCAGGACCAGUGACAGCACCACCACCAGGAACAGCAACAGCACCAGCAGCAGGACCAGCAACAGCACCACCACCAGGACCAGCGACAGCACCAGCAGCAAGACCAGCAACAGCACCACCACCAGGACCAGCGACAGCACCACCACCAGGACCAGCUUCAGCACCACCAACAGUUACAGCAACAGCACCAGCAAUGGCACCAGCAACACCACCAGCAGGGCCAGCAACAGCACCAGGAGGAACAUCACAAACUGAACCCUCCACCCGUAGAGGCCGAAAGAGACCCCUACACAGUGAGAGGGAGGAAUGUUUCUGCUCUAUUCGAGAAGGUGCAGAGACCUUGAAUGACGACUUGAAAGUGUCAUUGCAAAACUUCUCUGCUCUAUGUGAGAAGCUUGGCAAUCAAGCUGAGCUGGCAGCAAAUGCAUUUGCUCAGGCAUUGCAAACAUCAACAAAUGCAUUUGUUCAGACUAUGCAUAAUGUUGAUAGCACUAUGGAACAAGUAAUGACAGCACCAGGAGGAACAUCACAAACUGGACCCUCCACCCGUAGAGGCCGAAAGAGACCCCUAGGCAGUGAGAGGGAGGAAUGUUUCUGCUCUAUUCGAGAAGGUGCAGAGACCUUGAAUGACGACUUGAAAGUGUCAUUGCAAAACUUCUCUGCUCUAUGUGAGAAGCUUGGCAAUCAAGCUGAGCUGGCAGCAAAUGCAUUUGCUCAGGCAUUGCAAACAUCAAUAAAUGCAUUUGUUCAGACUAUGCAUAAUGUUGAUAGCAGUAUGGAACAAAUACGCAAGUACUACAGCCCAGCUUCUGGGAGACCCAGCAGUCUGUAAGUAUCCUGUGUGUGUGUGUGUGUGUGUGUGUGUGUGUGUGUGUGUGUGUGUGUGUGUGUGUGUGUGUGUGUGUGUCUGUGUGUGUGUGGUGUGUGUGUCUGUGUGUGUGUGUGUGUGUGUGUGUGUGUGUGUGUGUGUGUGUGUGUGUGUGUGUGUGU